AUGUCUGAAAGCAAGGGAACGUUUCAGCCGCCAAGUGAGCCUCAGAGCCACGAACAGCCCGGAUUCGAGCACAAGCUGAACCCGUCGAGUGAGCCAACCAAGCUAGAAGGCAAAGACUCGCUCCAUGAGUACAAGGCGGCAGGCAAGCUCAAGGGCUCGAAUGCCCUCAUCACAGGCGGAGACUCUGGCAUCGGGAGGGCCAUCGCCGUGCUGUAUGCUCGUGAAGGCGCCAACGUCUCCAUCGUCUAUCUUCCCGAAGAGCAACGGGACGCCGAGGAGACCAAGAAGAUGGUGGAAAACGAAGGGCGCGAGUGCGUCUUGGUCGCAGGCAACCUCAUGGACAACGAGACGUGCAAGGCGGCCGUUGAGAAGCACGUCGACAAGUUUGGCAAGAUUGACGUGCUCGUCAACAACGCCUCAAGCCAGACCCAAUGCGAUAAAUUCGACGACAUUGAUCUCGACUGCGUGGAGAGGACUUUCCAGUCCAACAUUCUGCAAAUGUUUGCCGUGACCAAGUAUUCCCUGAAACACAUGGAAAAGGGCGGCUCCAUCAUCAAUACCACAUCUACCGUGGCAUUUAGGGGAACCGCCCAUUUCGUGGACUAUGCCGCGACAAAGGGCGCCAUUGUUUCCUUCACGCGGUCACUAGCCAAGCAGCUCAUCGGCCGGGGCAUACGAGUCAAUGCUGUUGCCCCGGGUCCGGUCCAUACACCCAUCCAAGCAGCUUCUCGGCCACAGGAACAGAUGUAUGAGUUUGGCAAGGAUUCGCAACUGGGACGUCCUGGACAGCCAAGCGAGAUUGCGCCAAGUUUCAUCUUCCUGGCGUCCAAGGACUCUGAGUUGUACUACGGACAAGUCUUGCAUGCUUAUCCUCUAGGGGACUAA